AUGGAAGCGGAACCACGUCCGAGUAGGCCGGACUCGAUCCCUGGCUUCAUGGCCAUACUUACCUCGCACAGUGCAAGAGAAAAAAUCAGGCUGGCCAACCGCACGCAGGACAGGGAGACGGCUCGGAAGCUCGAAGACACUUGGUGGGUAGGAGAAUGGCGGGGGAAUGGAGUGUUCAAGGGCUGGUGGGUUGGAUGGAUUCGAAACACUGCGACGGACAACUCGGUGCAUCUGAAGCUAGUCAGUCAGUACGCCACAGUGCAGUACAGGGACGGUUUGAAAUUCCAGAACGCAGUAGUGUCGGAGGACGAGUAUACAGCUUUCUCGAACAUCUACACACUGAUGGACAACAACGAAGACUGCAUUGAUUUCCUUGACCAUCUCAUCCGCACGAAGCGGAUCAACCCUCGGAACAUGGACGCGGCCCAAGAGACGCUGAAAGACAUCAAGGGGGAGUACCCUUCCAGUGAUAGUGAGGGCUCGUCAUCAAACUUGGAUGAGAUCGGGUGCGAGAUGUGCAAGGGGUUCGACUGCUCCGAGGACAACGACAUUGUCCUUUGUGGCGGCAAGGAUACAGGUUGCGGGAAGGGAUGGCACAUCAGGUGCCUCAAAAUCAAAGAGCUGCCUGAGGGAGAUUGGUUCUGUCCCAAGUGCAUUGCUGCUGGUGCUGCUGGCUCUUCCAAGGACGACGGGAAGAACCUGUCGAAGAAGAAGUUGGAGAUAGCGAAGAUCCUAUCCAACUGUCAAGAGAUGUUCGAAGGCGGAGAUGAACACGCCAAAUCAAACCAAGGACACAGUGCGUUUGUGAAACCGGGGUCGGUGAAUCGAAACCGGCCUGCCGGCAACCGGAAUGAGCAGAACAGCGGGAAGAGGGGUAAGAGUGAUGACAGCACAGCCGGUCAAUCAUCGUCAUCGCGGCCGAGUCAACCUCAAGGUAGUCAGGCUGCCUCGGACAGGAAGAAUCAGCUCAGCAACAGCUCGAUGCUGAAGAACGACCAAGUUGUGCAGGCCCUGGUUAAGAUGCACAAUGUGUCACAAAGCAGCGUGAAGCUACCAAAGAGGAUCCCUUCGAGUUUGAACCACAUGUUCAAUGUCUCAGCUGUUGAUAAAGGGUUGCGAAAACUGUUAGUGAGAAUCGUCGACCACGAAGCCGCUGUGAGUCGCCGAUACCUGGUAUCGCGUUGUCCACCACCCCACGUCGUCAGACGUCAAGAUGUCACCACAGAUCCGAGAAACUCUUUCGUCCUCUUUGGAGUUCCGAACGAUUUGAUGGAAAAGGCGGAGCGGGAGAGGCAGAGGAAGAUUCCGAAGGAGAAGCGAAAAUUUUUCUCCGAUAGGAACGACUUCCGGAGAUGUCUUGAAGUGAUCCUCAAGGAGAAGCACGAUGCUGAGGUGCAGCAAGGAAGCUCAAGGAGAGCCAACCCUGUCUCUUUCAAACUCCGGUCCUCGCACGACCAGCGUGACCCCCGAGUGUUUGACGGCGAAGCUGAAGAGCUUCCCAGCAACUGGAAGGAUCAGGGGCUUGCAGGAAGGCGAGUGGCGGUGUGGGUGGAAGAGGAGAAGCGGUGGAAGGAGGGGCAGCUCAGGGAAAUAGCAGAGGAUCGAGCCGUCGUCUCGUUCCAGCACGGGUCCAGCUCUUGCGAGGUGAAGGUGGAGGACUACGGGCCGACCAACAGCUGGGUCAUUCUUCGAGACCAGGUAGCACCGUUGAGGAGCAGGUCAAAACGAGCCUCUCCCGGCGAGUCCGAGCAGCGAAAGGCGCGCAGGUGGGACAAGGAGGGGGGGCAUGAAGGCGGUGCGCGCGAGGGAGCAAAGGAGGAGGGGACCAAGGAGAGUUGGAAGGCGAGGAAGGGAUCUGGGGCCAGCAAGGGCGAACGAGACGUAUGGAGAGACGUGCUCGACAUCGACAAGGAUCAAGUCACACAGCAGCUACUGCGCGCAGCACUAUUCCACAAGCUCGGGAUUGUCAUCGGAGAAGAGAACUUCAGGAAUAUCUUGCAGAUCAAGCAGAAUGAGCUGGUAGAGAAAGAUUGCUUCAACUGGACCUUCCGACAGGGGAUCAUCAAAUCGGAUGAAUGACCCGCCCGGACUUGCUAAGAGAUUCAAUCGUUCAAUUAUUGCGCUAUACAACCGGGUUAACAUGAGCCAUUAAGAUAUACAGUGAAACAAAAACAAUAAAACAGAUCUAGAACCC